CUCACGACGAAUGUAAGCAUGAAACAUCCUCCAAAUUUCUGGACCAUAUAUCUUAGCAUUUUAUUUACUGGAAUGAAUCUGAAAUUAUGUGUACAUUGUUUUCACUUCUUUCACUAAUAUUUUUAAUAAAUCAUUGUCAAGAAGGAUCGUGUUUACUUUAUGUUUUGUGUAAUACAACUUAAAGCUGAUUUCUUAUAAACUUCUUGAUAUUUACAUAGAGUGUUAUAUAUGGAUUUGCUGGCUUCUUCAUAAAGCCCUUUGUGAAUCGCUCAGAGAUGUGGUGGCCUGAAGUACUAUCAGACGUAACAAUGUUCAGGGCAUUCCAUGAGAAGGAUGAAAAAUCAAAUGCAAAGCUAUCAAGAAGCCAAUUUUUCUUCAUGGUUUUUGUCAUUAGUUUUUCGUACUACAUCAUUCCGGGCUACUUCUUCCCUUCUAUUAGUGCAGUGUCAGUUGUCUGCCUAAUUUGGAAAAGAUCUAUCAUUGCUCAGCAACUUGGCUCGGGAUUAAAUGGUUUUGGGAUUGGUUCAUUUGGCCUUGAUUGGUCAACAUCUACCAGCUACACUGGAAACCCUAUAUAUUACCCUUUCUUUGUCAUUGUCAACACAAUGGUUGGAUUUAUUAUAUUCAUGUAUAUUGUUGUCCCUUUUGCUUACUGGACAAAUUCAUUUAAGGCAAAGAGUUUUCCUAUUAUCAGCCCAGAAGUGUACGACGUCUACGGUGGUAGAUAUAACUUGUCCAGGGUAUUGGAUGGAAGUAGUUUUCAAUUUAAGCAAGAUGAGUAUGAAAGUUAUUCAGAAUUGUACCUGAGUAUUGCACGAGCAUGCUCUAUUGGAUUUGGAUUUGCAGCUCUAGCAGCAUCUCUUACAAACAUUGUACUCUCUCAUGGCAGGUCAUUUUGGAAUCAAUUAAGCCAAUCAACUGAGCGCAAAGGCUGUUCUGAUAUUCAUAUGCAAAUGAUGAAUAAGUACAGAAGCAUUCCAAUGUGGUGCUGUAUUCUUCUUACAAUAUCAAUGAUAGGUCUGGCAGUGUUCGCGUGCGAAGGAUUUGGAAAUGAACUUCAACUUCCUUACUGGGGAGUCAUGCUUGCGUGCUUGCUCGUACUUACGUUGGUACCCCCAUUAGCGGCACUUCGUGCCACCGCCUGCCAGUAUUUAAUGAUUACAUGCAGAGAGAGGCAAGGAAACAUACGAUGAUUGGCAUGUAGGAGGGAUCGCCCGUUUUUAGCCCUCGCACUGGCUGCAUGCUGGCUUUAUUUUAUCAUAGAUUGUGCUAUAGUCCGCAACCGCCAUUGAGUUUGUUUGCACAUAUCAUCAUUGGAUACUUUUAUCCUGGACGACCAUUGGCCAAUAUGGUUUUUAAUUUGUACAGCACAUGGUGUAUUGAAUACACUCUAGGAACUCUUGCAAGCUUUAAGCUUGGAAUUUACAUGAAAAUUCCCCCGAGAGAAAUGUUCUUCGCUCAGGUAAGAAUGGAAAACAUAAAGUUCA